AUGGAGGUAUUUUUACCUGCAUCCGCAAAGGCCUCGGACCAUGACGUGGAGGCCACCUUUGUGCUUGAAAUUAAUGACUCUGACAGUGAAAAUGGCGACACGGUGGAACUGCCGAUCAACACAAAACCAAACGUCAAAGUAAGACCAAUGGAGGAGCAGAUAGAGUACUGUUUUACCUUGACCGAAAUAUGUUUAACCGUGGUGACAGGAAUUCCAUGUGCAGUAAAGCAGGACAUCAAGAGCAUAGAAAUUGUCUUGAAGGACAAGGAAAAUAUGAAGACAGUUGAGGCAGUGGUUAUAUACUACCUUGAAGUAAGGUAUAUUGUGUUCUAA